AUGGCGAGCUUUCAUGUGGUGCGGGUCAGAAUGAGCUGGACGGCCCUUUUGGCUCUGGCCCAUUUCACCUACCUGCUGGUCGGAGCCACCAUCUUCCAGAUACUGGAGCGAGAGGCCGAAAACAACAACCGUCACUGCUUCCUGAUGGAGAAGUUGAAUUUCUUGGCGAAUUACACCUGCCUGGAUGAAGACGCCUUGGAGCACUUUGUUAAGGUGAUUUUAUACGCCAGGGAAAAUGGAGUAAAUCCUUCAGGCAAUUCCACAAACCCCAGUAACUGGGACUUCAGCAGCUCCUUCUUUUUUGCAAGCACUGUUGUCACAACUAUCGGAUAUGGAAACCUCUCCCCAAGCACCGUGUCCGGCCAGGUGUUUUGUGUAUUUUACGCUCUCUGUGGGAUUCCCUUGAACCUGGCCUUCUUAAAACAGCUGGGAAAGUGUCUCACCAUCCACCUGGGGACACUGGAGAAAGGGGUGGUCUCAGUUGUUCCUCACAAGCAAGCAUUUGAGGCUGUGGCGGUGAGUUUGUUCUUUAUCACUGGGACCGUUCUGCUUCUGGCCAUCCCGCCUCUGCUGUUCAGUUACGUGGAAGGCUGGACAUAUGGCGAGGGCUUCUACUUUGCCUUCAUUACGCUCAGUACCAUUGGCUUUGGAGAUUAUGUAGUGGGCACCAACCCUGGAAAGAACUACAUCUUUCUGUACCGCAGUUUUGCAGGUGUUUGGAUCGUCUUCGGCCUCGCUUGGCUCGCUCUCAUCUUCAACAUGGGAGCCAGUAUAGUGGAGCACGUGCUUGACCGGACCUACCCAAGCUUCAGGAAGCAAGAGGAGGCAGAGGACACGACAUCCACUAAACUGGAAGCCACAUCAAAGAUCUGA